GCUCUUUUUGAUGGACAUGGGCAAUCCAAAAAAGUAGGAAAACAAGAGAGCCGUAGUGGUAGGCGCACUACCAGACACGUGGGCCCCCACCACCAUCACUCCCUCCACCUUCUACACUUUGUACUCCUAGUAACACCUACUACUCCUCUCCCCUGCCUUCCACUUCUUCACAAACCAUCCCCUCUCUCUCUCUCUCUCUCUCUCUCUCGCUCUAACCUCUGAAACUCACCAUCUUUUGCCCUCAUGGAAGGUCCAAGUUUAGGGUUGUCAUCAGGAACCGCUGAAAACGAAGGCGAGCUGGAGCUGGGUCUUGGUCUGAGCCUCGGUGGUGGUUCGGUGAAGGCGGCCGCCAAGGGUUCUCAGUGGGGUGAUUAUGGGAGGAUAUUGACGGCCAAAGAUUUCCCAAAUGGGUUUUGUAAUAGAGCUGCUAAUACUAACACUGCUGCUGCUGCUGCUGGCGUUGGUACAAAAAGGGCUGCUGCUGACUCUGUUUCUCCUGCUCGGCAGGUUGGAUCCCCUGCUGCUGCUGCUACUCCUGGUGUCAGCCAGGUUGUUGGAUGGCCACCCAUAAAGGCUUAUAGGAUGAACAGUUUGGUUAACCAAGCAAAGUCUCCAAAUCCUGAAGAAGAUAAGGGGGUUGGUGGCGAUGAUUUAAUGAAGGAUGUUGCCAAGAAGAAAGUUAGCUAUGGAAGCAAAAAUACCAACUCUGGUGGUAAGGAAAUCAAAGGGCAUAUUGGGUUCGUGAAAGUGAAUAUGGACGGAUUGGCUAUCGGAAGGAAGGUGGAUUUGAAUUCUCAUGCUUCAUAUGACACUCUAGCUCAAGGACUGGAGGAAAUGUUCUUCAAGCCAAAUAUAACCGUCGGUCCUAUCCGUGGAGAGAAGGAACAAGCAACGAAGCCGUCUAAGCUUCUGGAUGGAUCAUCUGACUUUGUGCUCACUUAUGAAGAUAAAGAGGGAGACUGGAUGCUUGUGGGAGACGUUCCUUGGGGGAUGUUUUUGAGCACCGUAAAGAGGCUUCGAAUCAUGAGGACCUCAGAAGCAAACGGCCUUGCUCCAAGAUUCCAAGAGAGGAAUGACAGACAAAGAAGCAGGCCUGUUUAGCUUCACUGCAGCAGAAAGGAACCACCACAGAUUGAAAAUGACAAUCAAAGAAAUUAGAGAAGUUGAAUAGUCAUCAUUUUGCCAAGGUCAUUACCUUUUUUUUGACAUUUCUACCCUUUUGGUCUCUCUUGUAGGCCUUAUCAAUCUAGUUUUUGUUUAUUUUAUUUUACAACCUCAUACUUCACUGCCAGUUUAUUAAUUUUGUAAAUAUCGAAAUGCUUCAUUUUGUAGUGUCUUGAGUUUGUUGCAGUGGAGUGGGGUUUUUUUUUGCUGUUAUUUUGUUUAGUUUGGAAAUGAAAUGGUUGUUGUUUCUAA